GACUGUUUCCGGUUUCCGAUUUUUGGUUUUCUCUCGCCAUCUUGAUCUUACAGCGUUGAAACGUUUCGUGUCGUUUGUCUGACUUAAAAUUCUAAUCCAGAAUGCGUUACGUUGCCGCAUAUUUGCUUGCUGGUCUUGGAGGAAAUGCCUCUCCAUCAGCAAAGGACAUCAAAAAGAUUUUGGGUAGUGUUGGAAUAGAGGCCGAUGAAGACAGAGUGGACAAGGUGCUGGAAGAGCUAAACGGCAAAGAUAUCAACGAGAUAAUUGCCAGCGGUCGGAGAAGUUGCAGUCAGUGCCAUCUGGAGGCGGAGGGCUCCUGCUGCCGCCGCGCUGUGGCAGGUGCCAGGAGGAGCUGGAGGCUGAGGAAGCAGCUGAGGAGGCAAAGAAACCCCCGUCCGAACCAGAAGAGUCUGAUGAUGACAUGGGAUUCGGUCUUUUUGACUAAGCGUCGUCGCUGUGCAUCUGGUGUAGUCUGCCCUUGCUACUCACAUCGCUUCCAAUAGGCAAGAACGUCGCAUUGUCGCGCUGUCAGCAUCUGCUUUCUAAUUCCCUGAUGUCGUAUUUCGUAAUAAAUAUGUAACGUCGUGGACCAACA